AUGGCGAGUACUUCGGAACCCGCCUCUUCGCCAGAAAUCGAAAGCGAACAACUAAUUCAUCGUACUUCCAAACGAAGAACUCUCAACCCUGAAUGCUCUGCGCAGAUCGGGGAAUCAAGUAGAUCGGCCUCCGAAGUCCCACCACUCCUGGUUCGCUGUUCAACAGGAGUUUCAAAUUUGUCGUCGUCAGUUCGUCGCGAAGAGGAAAGUACCGAACUGACUCCGGAUAUACUUGCACAAGAAGAAGACCGGUUCGUUCCCCUGGGAUUCUCGAUCGAAGAUAUCGAUCCGUUGUACGACCACGCAGGACGAAUUGGAGGCGAAAAAAGUUUGAGUUCGACCAAGUCCGUGAAUGACAUGCUGAACUCGUGUGGCUUAUUCAACAACAACGUUACAAUUUUGAUUCCGCGAGAAGACCAACGUCCCUGGAAUCCCCCGGAAGGGUAUAUAUGCUUGUACGAGGGUUAUUUUGACGAGUGUCGCCUCCUGUUCCCAAUCCCGGAAUUAAUAUUACUCUACGCCCAAAGACGGAGGAUAGCGAUCUGCCAGUUCGUUCCCGGAGCCAUUUGUAACUUUAUGGCCGUUCUUACCAUAGCAGCCGAAGUUGGAGUCAACAUUGGAGUUCAAUGCUUCGAACAACUAUCCAGCUUUAAAUCGUCGAAGAGUUCGAACCGCUGGGAAGUGAAUAUGAGGCCAGCCCAUAACUUCCUCCCCGGCAAAAAAGUAAACAAAUUCAAGAAGUACGUGGACCACUACUUCUAUGUCCGGGUUGACCAGUACUCGCUUGCCAAUCCGUUGGGUUUUCAGCGGAGAGUGUGGAACGAAAAUCCUGAUCGUCCGUUUUGCGCAACGCGCCUAGCUCCAAACUUUCUCCUUGUCAGAGACGCUUUGCUAACCGGGCGCGAUCGUCAGUGGGAGCUUAUUACUCGUAUUCAUGUCGAAACAGCAAUGGGCAAGGCUAGGACAAAUUUCCCAAGUUUCGCCAGUUUGCUAGGACGAUCUACUGGAUGCAACAUCAUGGAAGCCAAAGAUCUCCAGGUUGUUCGCCGAGACACUCAAGCUGCCAUUGAAGCCGAGAUCGGUCCAUCCCAGGGUCUAACCGAAGUUGAUCCUACCCCAGACCAGACCGUCGCCGACCCUAUUCGGGCACCCGAAGAAGAGAUCGAGCCAUCCAGCGUUGCAGAGGGAGAAAACCUUCCGUUGGAUGUAGAAAAUGCCGAUCUUCCGAACGAAGAACAAGAUGUUCCUCAACUUGAAGCUGGAUCUAAAAGGAGGAAGAAGAUGAAGAAACAAUCCGGAGAUAACCCAGCCACUGAGCCACGUCCGGGAGUGAACCGCAAGCGCUCAGCCGAAGAAGCCGGACUGGAAUCACCAGAUCGGUUCCAUCUGGAACGGAGGAAUGACAAAACAGAUCGCGUCUCCUAUCACUACUUCAGCGACUACCCUCUGGUGACCAAUCGUGAGGCUUCAGGUGAGCUCUUCUGGACCUUGAAGGUCUCCAAUCGAAUCCUCCCGUCGGCGGAUGAUCUGGAAUUCAAACAGGCGUACCUUGAUGUCGCCGAAUCCCACCUAAGAACUGCAGCCAAGAUGAACAUGCUAACUCAGUUAUACGAUAGGCGUGCCAAGUCCAGCAAAAAGUCGGGAUUGGAGCUAGAAAAAAUGAAGGAAUGCGCCGAGCAGAUCCGAGCUGCCAGUGACGCUAAGGACGCAAGGAUCAAGGAACUCGAGGCGCUUGUUGCCGAAAAAGACGGCAUUAUUGCCAACGUCGAACUGAGGGUUGGUGAACUGAACUCCCGAGCGCUUCUUCUUGAAGAAGAGAAAGCCGAACUGCAGGAAUCAUGCGAUGGGUUGAGGGCUCAGCUUGCGUUCGAAGUUAAGAGACUUCGGACGGAUCGAUGGGAGAAGGUGGAACGAACAACGAAGAAAGCGCAGUCUCGACUGGAUAAGGUCAAGGCCUAUCUAGUUGAACAGGUGAAGGUUCGCCCCCUGGAAGAUCUGCUGAACCAAGCCACCGGAGUACAGGAAGCUGUACGAUAUCUGAUCGAAAACGGGGCCGUCAUUCCUGAAGAGCGGAUCAAGGAGAUCAACGAGAGAAAGGCCGAAGCUGAGGAGACGGUCAAGGCGGUCGAUGUACUCGAACUGAAUGAUGAUGACCUUGCCAUGUCCCCGGACCAGCUCGGUUUUGGGUUUCCCCCCCCAGAGAGGUCGGCUCCGGAGUCCGUUGAACAUCCAUUCGGCUCGAACGCCGGGAGUUUUCAAGCAGAUCUGUCCGGUGCUGUGGACGUGUAA